UAACAUUUUUCAACUUUCUUUCUUUACACUGCAUUACACCAUACUCAUACAUACUCAUAAACUAUAUUAUAUAUUCUCUACUUAACUGUUUCUUUCUCUUCUUUUCUUUCAUCAGUUUCUCACUUUCAUAUAUGGCUCAUCUUCACCCUAACCAAUUUGAUAUUGAAGAAAUUUUAUUACAAGCACAAUAUCGAUGGCUACGUCCAGCUGAAAUUUGUCAAAUUCUCACUAACUAUAACAGCUUUCAGAUUUCUUCACAACCUUCAUAUAUGCCUCCAAGUGGUUCACUUUUCUUGUUUGAUCGAAAGGCGACAAGAUACUUUAGAAAGGAUGGACAUAACUGGAGGAAGAAAAAAGAUGGAAAAACUGUCAGGGAAGCUCAUGAAAGACUCAAGGCUGGAAGUGUGGAAGUAUUGCACUGCUACUACGCCCAUGGAGAACAAAAUGAUAAUUUUCAAAGACGAACUUACUGGAUGCUUGAGGAGGAACUCUCACACAUCGUUCUAGUCCAUUAUCGGGAAGUGAAGAGAACCAAAGCAACUUUAAUACAUGCCAAAGAAAAUGAAGAAUCUAAUCCUUGUGAUCAACAAUCAUACAAAGUUAUGCCGAACACAGAGGCAGAGACUUCUUUACCGUCUAGCAUGAACAGUGGUCAAGCAUCAGAAUAUGAAGAAGCUGAAUCAGCAUUCAAUAGCCAUGCAAAUUCGGAUUUCUACUCUUUUCUUGAGCUGCAACAGCCUGCUGUUCAAAAGAUUAAAGCUCAACUCCCUUAUUCUAACUGUCCUCUACCUCUCAAAGAUGAUCAGGAAAGGUUGCCUGUCAUUCCUCAGGUUGAUGAUAUCUCACUCAGUCAAACUAAUGAAACCAAAUACAUUAACAAUGUUGGAUUGACAUGUGAACUCUCAAAAGUUCUUGGCUUUUCAUCAUGGCAAGAUAUCUUAGAAAAUAAGGCUGGAAGUCAUAAUGUGCCUUUUCAGUCUUUUCCUGAAAAAGAACCCAAUAACAUGGAAAUCAAUAGUACUUCUCAAGGAUAUGAGACAAUGGGGCAACAUUUAACCAUCAGCAUUACUAAACAGCAUGAGAAUAGAAGUUUUAUACAAGCUGAAGCUGAAGGAAAUUGGCAGGCCUCUGGCUUUAAUUCAUUAAGCGCAUCCACAUGUCCCAAAGAUAGUGCCUAUUCAGGCUCAUCCUGUGAGGUUACUUAUAGUGACAAUGAGCAGGAAGUUAACGAAGUUGAUUUUCAACAAUCCCUGGAACAGUUCCUUCUUCAUGCACACCAACAACACAAGGUUUGCAUGCGAAAUAGCUCUCAUGAAAUACCUUUAAAAGCAGAAGACCGGUUAAAAUCAGAUCUAGGGGUUGAUAAAAGCCCAGAUGGAAUAGAAGACACUCAGUUCACUUCAAAGAAGACUAUAUUAAGUGUAUCUGUGGCAGAAGAUGGCCUGAAGAAGCUCGACAGUUUCAACCAAUGGAUGAGUAAAGAACUAUGCGAUGUCGAAGAAUCGAGCAAGCAUUCCCCUUCUGGUGCUUAUUGGGAUACAGUUGAAAGCGAAAAUGGUGUUGACAGUACAACUAUUCCUUCCCAGGUGCACCUGGAGAACUAUGUACUGGAUCCAUCUAUUUGCUAUGAUCAGCUUUUCAGCAUCAUUGAUUAUUCCCCAAGUUGGACAUUUGAAGACUCGGAAAUUGAGGUUCUCAUUUCAGGACGAUUCUUAAAGAGUCAACAUGAAGCAGAAGAUUGUAAAUGGUCGUGCAUGUUCGGCGAGAUAGAAGUGCCGGCAGAGAUAACCAGGAAUGGUGUUCUCUGUUGUCAUACACCACAACACAAGGCUGGAAGGGUUCCUUUCUAUGUAACAUGUUCUAAUAGGUUAGCAUGUAGUGAAGUGCGCGAAUUCGAUUUCCGAGUCAAUUAUACUCAAGAAGACAACACUGCCGGUGAGACCAGAAGCAGGAAUACUUAUGAUACUUUUAAUAAGAGAUUUGGAGAAUUUUUGUCCCAAGAGCAUGACUUCCCUCGAGUUUUAGAUUCAAUUAGUGUGAAUGAGAAAUCUCAACUGAGAAGUAAAAUUGGUUCUUUGCUUGGUAGGAAGGACGAUGAAUGGGAUGAACUACUGAAAUUUACUCUAGACAAAGAUUUUUCUCCAGAACUUGUACAUGAUCAACUGCUUCAAAAUCUUCUAAAAGAUAAACUACAUGCAUGGCUCCUUCAGAAAACAACUGAAGAUGGGAAAGGCCCAAAUGUAUUAGAUGAAGGUGGCCAAGGUGUUCUUCAUUUUGCAGCCUUUUUUGGCUACGAUUGGGCCUUUGAACCAACAAUUGUUGCUGGUGUGAAUGUGAACUUUCGUGAUGUAAAUGGAUGGACUGCUCUUCAUUGGGCGGCGUUUUGUGGCAGGGAGAGGACAGUUGCUUCCCUCAUAUCUCUUGGGGGAGCACCAGGAGCACUUACUGAUCCAUGCCCACAACAUCCUUCUGGUAGAACACCAGCCGACCUAGCUUCUGCAAAUGGACACAAAGGAAUUGCUGGUUAUCUUGCAGAAUCUUUCUUAAGCUCACAACUCAAGUCUCUUGAUUUGAAAAGAAACAUGAGAGAAACCGUUGGAACGAAACAAAGAGUCCAAGAACAAAACAAUGAGUGCUUCUCACAUGAACCUUCAAUGAAAGAUUCACUGGCUGCAGUGUGCAAUGCAACUCAAGCUGCUGCUCGUAUUCAUCAAGUUUUUAGAGUGCAAUCAUUCCAGAGAAAACAACAAAAGGAAUACGAUGGUGACAAAUUUGGAAUAUCUGAUGAACGUGCUCUUUCACUAAUAACAGUGAAUGCAAAGUCACACAAGUCUGGACUACGCAUUGAGCCUGUUCAUGUUGCUGCAACACGUAUUCAGAACAAGUUUCGCAGUUGGAAGGGCAGAAAAGAUUUUUUGAUUAUUCGACAGCGAAUUGUAAAAAUUCAGGCUCACGUGAGAGGUCACCAGGUUAGGAAAAACUAUAGGAAGAUAAUUUGGUCAGUUGGGAUUGUGGAAAAGAUUAUAUUACGUUGGCGUCGAAAAGGUAGUGGUUUGCGUGGAUUCAAAUCAGAGGCCAUUUCUGAGGGAACUAUGGUACAAGGUGUAUCAUCUGCCACUGAGGAUGACUAUGAUUUUCUGAAAGAAGGCAGGAAGCAAACUGAGAAAAGGUUGGAGAAAGCCCUUGCUAGAGUGAAGUCAAUGGCUCAAUAUCCAGAUGCAAGAGACCAAUACCACAGGCUGUUGAAUGUUGUAACUGAGAUACAAGAAAAUCAGGUAAAGCAAGAUCGAAAUUUUAUCAAUUCAGAAGAAUCAAGACAAUUCAAUAGCCUCGUUGAUCUUGAAGCAUUGUUGGAUGAAGAUACUUUCAUGCCUACAGCCACUUAGAAAAUCGCAUCCAUCCAUAAUAUGUUUGGUUAUUCAUUGUAUGUAUGGGUUAGAUUUGUAACAUAAUCAGGCGAUUGUCUUAUUUUGAUCCUUCUAGCAAAAUCUUGAAUCUUGUUCACUUGCGUAGUUAAAAGGAAAUUGUAGUGUCGCUUGCUAACACCUCACACAAAAAUGCAAAAACUCAAAUCAUAUAACAUCAAAUAAUAUGCACUUCUCCCUGUCGAGUGCAGAUUUAUCUUAGCCAGAAUAAAAUGCUUUAAGCAAAUUGUGAAGCCAAUUUUUCAAUGCAUGGUUCAUUACCAGGAGGGAACUGAGGUUUUGUUUACAA